AUGGGGAAUUAUGAUGAAGACACUGCGUUUCUGGGGCAAACGGGACCCUUCUUCAUCAGGCUGUUCUGUCUGCUGAACCUGAUCUACAUCUCCACGGGCCUCCACGGGCUGUAUAUCGUGUUCGUGGCGGCGUCCCCUGCGCACCGCUGCCGUGUGGAUGUGAAUCUGACUGAGGACUGGCUGGAAGCGAGCGCUCCCACAGAAACACUCAGUAAUGGAGAUCUGCAGCUCCGCCAGUGCUGGAGGUACAGCCUGCAGGCGCUCAGAAACCUUUCGGGUCAGGGUUAUUCUCCAGACCACGUCAACAUCACCAGCAUCCCGCUGGAGCGCUGUGAGGACGGAUGGAUCUACAGCGCUGACGUGUACCACUCCACCAUCGUCUCUGAGUGGGAUCUGGUGUGUGAUAAUGAAUGGAGGGUCCCGUUGGCCAGCUCUACUCUCUACAUGGGUUACCUGCUGGGCUCCAUCAUCUCAGGACAGCUGUCAGACAGGUUCGGCAGGAAGAAGGUUCUCUUCGGUUCUCUGGCCGCAGAAGCGCUGCUGAUGUUCGCUCAGUCUUUCUCUCCCUCCUGGCUGAUCUUCUGCGUUCUCUACUUCUUCAUUGGAGCUUUCCAGAUAUCCCUGUACAUCACUGCCUUUGUUCUCGGCAGUGAGGUGUUGAGUGGGUCUCUGCGGGUGCUGUUCACCACACUGGGGGCGUUUCUGCAUUACUGUGUGGGCUACAUGCUGCUGCCGUGGGUCGCCUUCGCUAUCCGCCACUGGAGGACGCUGCUGAGGGUUCUGUCCGGCCUGACCGUGGUCUACAUCCCGCUGUGGUGGCUGAUCCCAGAGUCUCCACGCUGGCUUCUCUCUCAGGGGUACGUGCAGAAGUCUGAGGCCAUCCUGAGGGACGCGGCCCGGAAGAACAGGGUCCCGGCUCCAGAGGUCAUCUUCAGCCAGUCCCAGGUUAAAGAGACAGAAUCUCAGAAGAGCAAGUACAGCGCACUGGAUGUCCUGAGAACCAGCAAUAUCCGCAGAACCACCUUCAUGUGUUUGCUGCUGUGGAUGGCCAUCAACAUUGGUUAUUUCGGCUUGUCGUUGAACACCACGAAUCUGAGUGGCGACCCGUUUCUCAACUGCUUUCUGUCGGCGGUCUCUGAGGUUCCAGCAUAUAUCGUGUCCACCUUCCUCCUGAAGAGCUGUCCCAGGAGACCCGUGCUGUCUGCUUUCCUGGUCAUCGGUGGAGGAUUCCUGCUCCUGGUGCAGCUCAUCCCGGACGGUCUGCAGACCCUGGCUCUGGCGUUGGAGAUGGCGGGUAAAUUCGGCUUCACCAUGUCCUUCACGGUGGUCUACAUCUACACCGCGGAGCUCUAUCCCACCGUCCUCAGGAACCUGGGCAUGGGCAUGUGCUCGUCCGCGGCCCGCAUCGGCAGCAUCACAGCGCCGUACAUCAUAUUCUUAGGCACGUUUAACAGACACCUGCCGUACGUGCUGAUGGGCAGCCUGACCAUCACCUCCUCACUGGCCAACAUCUUUCUGCCCGAGACCUUUGGAAAAGUGCUGCCUGAGAACCUGGAGCAGAUGCAGAAGAGCAGAAGCUUUCCAGGAAGAGAUAAACAGAGUGUGGAGGACAGAGGAGGAGAAAAGAUAAAGGAAGAGAAACUCUGAGCACAGGAAUGAAGACAUCUCUGAAGACCAGCACAGCUCGCAGGAGACCCUGCGCUAAAUAAAGGCACAGUUCUGUUGAG